AUGAUCUCGCUCCCGCUGGCGAAGCUCUCUACUGCGCAAGAUGCUUACCCUGACGAACAGACUUUUCAAUGGAAGCACGAAUUCAACAACCUCACAUUCGUUAUCGACUCAUACCAACAGGGUGGCUCGGCACUCCAGUUACUGAAGGUGGUGCAGGGCACGCAGGUUCGAGAGCAGAUAGAUCUCGAGCAUCUGAUCAAUGAUGCACAAAAUCUCAUCAAGAGUAUGCAGCUGCGUGGCAUCGAGAUGAAGGCUGAUCAGCUACCGAUAUCCGCCAUUAUUCGUUGCCCGUUGCUCGCAAUUCGGUGGCAGUUGCCCAACCAGAAGAUUCGUCGACUUCAGAUCCGCUUUCGGUCAAAUGAGGAUUAUGAUCGUGUCUACACUCACUUGCAUCACCUUGGCCUGUAUAUGAUGCCUCCUCAGUCGAAAGAUCGUGGCUCAACUGCAGGCUCAGACCAAACAAGGGUCAGCAACCAGCCUACUGUCCCGCCGGCGCGAUCAGAACACCAGCGUACCGGUCCUUCUUGCCCUCCCUCAAGACUCUCGGAGAUCUCGAGCCGACCCUACACUGCGCUGUCCGCGCCCACUGUGGUAGAGUCCCAGAUACAGGAGGCCACUCACACACGUCCAAACUCUGCUUUUGCGAGCUCGAGUAUCCCCUUUCCAAACCCUCUUACACCUCCGGUACACUUUCCUCGACCAGACUCAGCUUCAGUUGUUUCGCCAGAUCAUGUUACCAGCUUUCCGCCACGCGACCAGCCAGUUGCGACCAUCGAGCAACAUGAAGUCUCAGGCACGCGACCCGAUACCGCUCUUCUCUAUGAGCGGCCAGACACUGCGGAGCUCCCUCCUCGUCGAGAGCUUCCGUUCAGGCGCGAAUCGCCACCCACCUCAUCUGGGAGUGACAGAAACCGUCCUCACAGCCGUCCAUCGACAGCCAUCAUGGGGCCACCGCCACUGCCAACCCGGGUCAGUGAUUUGAGGCCUGGCUCUGCUCGCACCAUCAGCUUGGACAGCGAGCUGCCUCCAUUGCGUCAGCCAACCAUUGUGACUGACAAUGCAAGAAUAACGUCUGCUCAGCAACGGCCCCUCACGCCUCUACCAUCCUCAAGAGGUCGUUCAAAGCCAGCGCAGGGUUCAACUAUCUUAGAAGAGCAGCAAAGCUUCACACCAGCCUCAUCUUCUCCGCAAGCAUACCCUACCCCUGCCGCCACGAGUCCUCUUGCCACGCGACCCCUCAGCGCUAUCAGUGACGAUGCUCAGCACCGACCAGGAUCUGUAUCAUCGGGUAUCUUCGCCAGCCCUCCUACUUUAAGCAGUCGGGACCGACCCGACCGCACAGCUGUUCCGGAUUUCUCACGCGACGCCGAGAAGGCUCUGAAGGCUUAUGCGAUGCAGAGCGACGACGGACGAAGGGCUGCUCUGAACAACUUCAUCUUCAAGAGUCUUGACGACAACAACUUCCUGACACUAGUGGAAGACAUGGAGACCAACUGGGCCCGCCUUGGUCUCGGCACAUGGUAA